AUGGGUUUUGAAAAACGAUUUCCAAAAUGGAUCACAGCAAUUUUAGCUUUAGCUCAAGUUGUUCUAACUGCAGCCAUUAUUGGUCUAGAAUUUGGUUCUUUUUAUUAUGAUGUCGCACAUGGUACUAUUUGGGCUGGCUUUUGGGCUAGUCUAGUAUUUAUCAAAACAUUUUUAAUGAUGUUUUGUAUCACCUGUUGUUGUCGAGGUCGAUGUUGUGCUACUUACAUCUUAAUACUCAAUAUAUUCAGUGGAGCAUUGGCUUGUGUGAUCAUUUACUUUGAUGCAUACUUUAUAGGCAAUCUUUGUAAAUGUUAUUUAGGUGAAAAUUUAUGUUGUAGUCUACGUGGUAUCAGUACUUUCAAUUCGAACUAUGGUAAUGUUGUGAAAGAUUGUAUACCGAUUUCUUCAAAUGGAGUGCAAACAGUGAUUGAUUCAUGUCAUCUUUCUCCUCCAACGAGUAAAUUGAGUUUUCUAAAAGCACAAUUAGGUUGUGCCAUUGGUAUGCUAGCUGUUUGUGGUCUCUAUGUUGUUCUCUAUUUAUUUGCCUGUUUUGGUAUUUGUUUUGGUCAUGGUUAA